AUGCAAUCGCAAGCGGAGGAGGAGAAGAUCUAUCAGCUCGCGAUCGACCUGAUGGAUCCUGCCACUCGGGAGACGGCGCUUUUAGAGCUGAGCAAGAAGAGAGAGCAAUUUGAAGAUCUUGCUCUCGUGCUCUGGCAUUCCUUCGGAAUUAUGGCCAUCCUUCUGCAGGAGAUUGUCUCGGUUUACCCGCUGCUCUCUCCUCCUUCUUUGACCGCCCAUGCAUCCAAUCGAGUGUGCAAUGCUCUUGCUCUUCUACAAUGCGUUGCGAGUCACCCGGAGACGCGUGGACUCUUCUUAUUUUCAGCCCACAUUCCCUUAUUCCUCUAUCCUUUCUUGAACACCACCUCCAAAACGAGACCAUUCGAGUACCUUCGCUUGACGUCUCUCGGCGUCAUUGGUGCUCUGGUCAAGCAAAAUGACAACACGAAUGUCAUCCACUUUUUGCUCUCCACGGAGAUCAUCCCCCUCUGCCUGCGGAUCAUGGAGACGGGGUCGGAGUUGUCAAAAACAGUCGCGAUCUUCAUCGUCCAGAAGAUCCUGCUCGACGAGACGGGAUUAACGUACAUCUGCCACACUUAUGAGCGCUUCUAUGCGGUCGGCACCGUUCUGAGCAACAUGGUGUCACAGUUGGUGGAGAGUCAGGCGGUGAGGCUGUUGAAGCAUGUGGUGCGAUGCUACCUGAGGUUGAGUGACAAUAUGAGGGCUCGGGAAGCUCUCCGCGCCUGCCUGCCCGAGCCUCUGCGCGAUGGCACUUUUUCGCAGUUGCUCAAGGGCGAUAGCGUAACGAAACGAUGCCUCGCGACGCUGCUGAUCAACCUGUCCGACCGAGUCGAAUAA